AUGAUUAUGGUGCGAUCACAACAGCUUCUGGCAGGAGCCAUGGAUGGCGCUGGAAGUAUUUGGGACUUGGAAGAACACACAAAGGUGGAUGACUUUCACCAUGGAGCGGAACUGAAUGCGGCGGCGGUUUCAUUUGACGGUGCUCUCUUUGCCACCGCCGGCUCUGAUCGCCAGGUCGCCAUUUGGCAACGCGACGCCUCACGUGACUCUGGAUCGCCUCACGCGACUCUGACAGGGCACCGAGGACAAGUCUAUUCCAUCAGCUUUUGUCCUGUGACUCCCACCUUGUUCUCCGCCAGCGGCGAUGCGACCGCUCGCUUGUGGAGCCUUUCUUCCGGUCAAGAGCUCAUGUCCUUGAACUGGCACACUCGCGACGUGAACACCGUCGCCCCCGCGCCGGACGGCCACGUCUUGGCCACGGGAUCCGACGACUACUGCUUCGCGCUCUGGGAUCGACGCACGGGCGAGCGGAUUCGAAGCUGGGAUGGCCGCCGUGGGGAGGGACACUCGGGGCGCGUUUAUUCGGUGGCCUUUGCGCCGGAUGGGCACUCCAUUGCCACCGGUGCGGUGGAUAAGAAGGCCAAGGUGUGGGACACGCGGACUGGAGCUUGCCUUCAGGCCUUUACGAGUCACACAGACUUGGUGAACUCAGUUUCAUUUUCCCCAGAUGGCAAGCUGCUUGCUUCUGCUUCGGACGACUGCUUGGUGCAUGUUUGGGCGCCGGGCACAGCAGAAUUACUCGCCACAUAUCGUCACCCUAGCAACGUUUUAUCCGCCAGCUUUGCAGAGAAUGGUCAGCUGGCCACAGGUUGCGACGAUGGAAAGAUUCGACUUUGGGAUGCUAGCUCCAAUGAAGAGCUUUCAGAACUUGUUGCAUCCGUCGCAAAGUGCGCCGGCAUCAAGUCUGUCGCUUUCAUCCCCUAG